AUGACAGCCACUGAACCGUAUUUGGAAGCCAUGUCCUCGUCCACACUGGCGCGCAAGCCCGAAAAGACGACAAAGGCGCGUCCUGAGAAGAAGCGAAAGCGUAGGCCAACCCAAGACGAAGAUGAACCAGUCAAGCGGAAAAAAACCAAGUCGCAUCAGCCCCGAACUGCCAGUGCGACACCAGAAUGUGACGAAGAAAUUUCUCCUUUUCACCUACAAACUUCAUCACUAUUCCUCCCGCUCGCCCCUAUCUCUCAAAAGUUUCCCGUAGAAGGCAUGUGCGCUGAACACCUCUCUCCGCUAAUCCUCACAUAUUACCCACCAUUUAAUGGUCUGAUUCUCUCGUACAGCAACCCGAAACUAUCGCAAAAUCCGUUCAAUGACGAUGGAGAUACUGUACUGCUAAAAAGCAUCGACGAGUAUGGUGUAAGCUGGGCCUGGGUCACGGCUGAAUUCCUCGUACUGAAGCCGGAGAAGGGCGCAUGGCUAGAGGGUUAUAUCAAUCUACAAAACGAUGGCCAUUUAGGUGUUGUUUGUUGGAACCUAUUCAAUGCAAGCAUCGAGCGCAAACGACUUCCCGCAGACUGGGAAUGGAGGGAUAGUUGUGAAGCUCAGAUUGAUGAAGACGAUAAAGACAACCAACCUCUUGCGGGAGAAACUAGCGGCUACUACAUCGAUGGCCAUGGAGAUAAGGUUGAAGGAAUGAUCAAAUUUAGGGUGGCAGACGUAGAGUCAAGCCAGGAUAGAGAAAGGGGAUUUUUGACCAUAAUGGGUACAAUGCUAAGUGUCGAGGAAGAGUCACAACUAGUAAUCAGCGAAAAGUCUCAAGGCCCAGAAGCUCGCUCAAAGGCUGGGAGACGUCUCGGGGGUCCCAAUGCCUUGGGUGCCACUAAUCUUGGCGUUAUUGUCGACGGGGCAGCAAGUGAUAAGGAUGAGAUCAAAUAUAGGCCAAGACGUUGA